AUGGCCGAGUCUCAGCUGGGCUGCCUGGACGAGACGCACGUGAACGAGAAGGUGACGGAGGCGCAGGCUGCCUUCUACUACUGCGAGCGGCGGCGGGCCGCCCUAGAGGCGCUGCUCACCUCCGGGGACCGGGCCUACCAGGACGCGGUGACCAAGGAGCAGCUGCGCGACUUUCUCUCCGGACCCGAGCGCCAGGCGCUCCGGGCCGACUGGCGACCCUAUGAGGUGCAGGCGCCGGCCCCAGGCAAGAGCAAGGCCAAGGCCAAGGGCCAGGCUCCCGCCCCCGCCGAGCCUUCACCCUCGCUGGCCUAUUGGCCUGACCGUUCGGACACCGAGGUGCCUCCGUUGGACCUGGGCUGGACGGACAACAGCUACUACCGGGGCGUCAAUCGCGUCACCCUGUACACCCACCCUCCCAAGGAGGAGAAGGCACCCCACCUCAAGGAGGUGGUCAGGACGAUGAUCCAACAGGCCCAGAAGGUCAUUGCGGUGGUCAUGGAUCUUUUCACGGAUGGGGACAUCUUCCAGGACAUUGUCAAUGCUUCCUACAAGAGACGCGUCCCUGUGUACAUAAUUCUGGAUGAGGCCGGUGUCAAGUUCUUUCUGGAUAUGUGUCGGACCCUAGAGUUCAAAGAUUUCCAAAUCCGGAAUAUUCGAACCCGCUGUGUGACUGGUGUUGGGUUCUACAUGCCCGCUGGGAAGGUCAGAGGAUCCCUGUCCUCCAGGUUCCUGAUGGUAGAUGGUGACAAAGUAGCCACAGGGUCUUACAGCUUUACCUGGCGCUCCUCCCAUGUGGACAGAAAUCUGCUCCUGGUGUUGACGGGACAGCAUGUUGAGCCCUUUGAUGUGGAGUUUCGGGAACUCUAUGCCAUCUCGGAGGAGGUGGACCUGUACCGAGAACUGGGUCUCACGGGCUUCAAGUACUCCUCCACGGUGGCACGCAAGUUGAUCAACCCAAAGUAUGCCCUGGUGACGGGCAGCCGGCCCCCUCCUGGGGAGAUGAUGCGCUGGGCGACACGUCAGAAGCAGGAUGAGCCGGAGCAGGGAGGUGGGGAAGGCUCCGAGUCUACCCGGCGGCUCGAUAGCUUCCUCCAUGACCUGGUUACGCUGGACCAGGUGUUGCCCAUGAUGGACCCUCCGCCCCUGGAGGAGGCGGGCUUGAAAGGUGGCAAGACACAUGUGCCCCGACGGGUAGAAGCCAAGCCCAAGGCCAAGGAGGCUUCUGCCCGAGCUGGGAAGAGCGAGGUCACCAAUGGGGCAGCUGCCACCAGCAAGGAGGGCCGGCGCCCAGGUGGCAGCAGGUUCAGCUGGAAGCGGAAGCCUGCCUCUGCCAGCAGCGGCAUGGUCAGUUCCCUCUCCAGCGAGACCUUCUCUGAAGGGGAGUUUGUGGUGGUGAGGAGGUCGGUCAUGGACCCAGGCACCCAAGGCCCUGGCAACGGUGUCCGCAGCAACGGCAGCAUCUCAGGUGGAACAAGCCUUAGUCCUUCUAAGCCGAACUGUGUGAUUUCAUGAAUCUGGCAACCAUGUUGGGCAGGACCCACAGAUGGCCCAAGACUUCUCUUGCUCCCCUAACACCCGAUGGCUGACUUGUAAAAGGACCCCUGGAUGGACCUCUCAGGCACAUUCGCUCUGGUCAGCCGCCUCCUGCCUUCUGGGUCUCUAUCUUGGCUGGCCUCCUUAACGAUGACCAAUGUGGGUCCUGGAUGGCUUCAUGUUUACAUUUAGUGACAAUGGGGAGGGACACCCCCUACCUUUGUGCCUCAACUUGAUGGGAACCAAGGACUCGCUUGUUGUCUUUUCUUCUUCUUUUCUGCUUAUUGCUGGCUAUUUGGGGCCCCUGGGACAAGCCAGGUAUCAGGGCAGGACUUAGACCAGCCAGCUGGAAAAAUGGAGGAAGUAUCUCCUUGAGGAGAGAAGAUAGUGGCUGGGAGUUUGGGGGGAAUGAUAACUUCAAGUAUUGGAAGGACUAUCCUGUGGUAGAGAGAUCAGACUCAUUCUUCUCCAUCUCAGAGGAGCAAGGGGUAUGUGUUACAGACAGGUAGCUUUGGGCUCGCUCUCCAGAAAGGCUUCUAACAAUUAGAGCUGUCUCAAAGUGGAGGGGGCUGCCUUGGGAGGGAGGAAGUCCCCCUCACUGGAGGCAUGGAUGUUACACCGGUCCUUCAUGUCCAGUUACAGAGCAGACUAGGCGCUUGGGCAUCCUCCUGGCUCUGCAGUGAGAGAAGUAGGUGUGAAGGGGAAAGGCCUGUUCAUCGGAGUCACUGAUUUCUAGUCCUUGGUUCAUGGAUAUGGAGAAAUUUUGACUUUCUAUACCUCCAACACUUUUAAAAAACCAACAGAUGAGGAAGCAGGUGGGCUCUACCCACCUGGUCUAGCACAGCAGGGAGAAUGGGUGUUGGUAGGUUUCCCAGAGAGGAGGCCCCAGCAGCGUACAGGAGCCCAUGGGGGCCUCUGCCUGGAAAAAGGGGGCUAGGCUGACACCUCAUAGCCGCCACCCAAAAGCAUCUUCUGUUACUGCCUUUUGCAGAUCACAGGGUCACAAGAUUUAGAUACUGGAUGGAGCCCAUCUUUCCAGUCCAACCUCUCCAUUUUAUAGCUAAGGGAAGAGAUCCGAGUGAGUGGGUGACUCAAAGUCCUACAUAGGUACUAAUAGCUCACAUUCUCUUUCAGGGGUCUUUGAACUUGUUUUUAAAAUAUUUAAUCUCUAGCUUUCAACAUAAUUGAUGGGGCA